GACGAGGCGCGCAGACUCCGCCGGAAAAAAAAAGCCGCAGGAUUUGGAUUAAACAGCCUGCGAGAGCCGAUGAGCCUCGAACAAGGAAGGGAGGGAGCUCAGGGCUGAUUUGUAUCUUUUCCCCAGCCGAUGAGGGGAGGAGGCGCGAGAAUGAGUCGUUCUUGUAGCGAGUAUUAACCGGCUUCGACGCAAACAAAUCGGCUCCUGCGGCGGCGACGACGACGACGCCGAGAGAGAGAGAGCUCCAGCUCCAGCAACACAACCCGGGCACCACUUGCUGUCACCUCCGGCCGCACAACACACCGCCUUGUCGGAGAUGAAAGUGCAGCAAAGCUGCAACUCGUCAGACAUGGGCAUCCCGGUCAGAACCGAAGACGAAUUGCGCAGAAAUACCACAAUAUCUCCCGAGGAUGUGCUCGGGCUGCAGAAGAUCACCAAGAAUUACCUGUGCUCACCAGAAGAAAAUGUCCACAUGAUCGACUUCACCAGGUUCAAGAUUCGUGACAUGGAAACUGGGACGGUUUUGUUUGAAAUCACCAAACCUCCAGCACCAGGAGGGAGAAAAAACUGUGACCCGAACGCCGGUCGCUUCGUGAGGUACCAGUUCACCCCAGCCUUCCUGCAGCUGCGGCAGGUCGGAGCCACGGUGGAGUUCACGGUCGGCGACACGCCGAUCAACAACUUUCGAAUGAUCGAGCGGCACUACUUCCGCGACCAGCUGUUGAAGAGCUUCGACUUUGAGUUUGGCUUCUGCAUGCCCAGCAGCAAGAACACAUGCGAGCACAUCUACGAGUUCCCGGCCCUCUCCGAGGACAUCAUGCGCGAGAUGAUCCUGCACCCUUACGAGACCCAGUCUGACAGCUUCUACUUUGUGGACAACAAGCUAGUGAUGCACAACAAGGCGGACUACUCCUACAGCGGGGGCCCGUAGAAGGAUCUGCUCCACUUAUGACUGAUGGACUGAUGGACAACCGUGUCUCUUUCUUCCGUCAUUUCUCCCCUCACAGUCAGUGCAGGAACAUCGACUUCGACCAGUUUUGGUGUGUGUGUGCGUGUGAGUGUGUGGGUAGAGCGCACAUGCGGCGUCUGUGUAUGUGGGUGUUUCCGUUAGCUGGGCAUCGAUCCAUUUACUCUGUGUGUGUUACACCACAUUCCAUAGUACUAGGAGCCAGAGGAGAAAGCAAGUAAUAACUAAAUCAUUCAGGUGUAUAUUUAUAUAGUUUCUAUAGAGUCAUUUCUUACUCUUGUGAUAUUUUAGUAGCACGCCCGCCAUCUUCAUCCCGGAGAUGUGAAGCCAGUGAGUGUCGUCGUCUCAAUGUUUUUCAUGAUAGUGAGGAGAGUAUUUUUUAAAGAGCUAGUGUUUUCGACAAGAGCAGAGCUGGCGUCAGGCACCCAUUUUGAUAUGUAGUGCUGAAUACUGUGUGUACUUUAUUGAUGGGGGAUGUUGUCGGCGUUGGAGGGAAAGAAGAUGUAAAGUUGAAAUUCCAUCUCUGCAAUAAACAUGGGAUCUUUUUUGGAAUCUGGAUGUGUUUUUUU